AACUGUGAGCAGAUGGUCACGAAACUUCACCUCUGCUUCACUCUUCAGAAAACACGUACAAAACAUCGCGACAUGCGCAGAGGCGACGACCGUAAGAUAUGUAAAACUAGUCAUUCGGCCGCUUGUAAAUUUAAAUCUCCCAGAAUGUCAAAGAGUACAAUCUUUUAGAGGAGUUCCGCGUCCUCCUGGGUUUGUGGUGCAGUCCUUUUGGGAAUUCCUGUCACCUCAUUUCAAAAGGGGCUUUGUUUAUAAUAUUUCCGUGCCAUCUUGCAUCACUUUACUGACGCAACAAUGUUUACAGAUACACCCUGAGUUACCCCCCACCCUUGGUUUUAUUCGCCUCGAAUUAUUAAUCUUUCUGGUUUUACUUUGAAAUUUUUUACCUUACACUGAACACCACUGGUUUCAACGAGUUUGGUGGCUUCAACUUUUACAUUUUUAAACACUUUUUUGCGGAUCGAAGGAAGAAUUGUGCUUACGUGAGCCCGCGUGUUAAGCAGAAGGGCUGCUCAGCAGGCUACGCCUUAGGAAUAUCAUUUUUCAACGAAAACAAACAGAACUAGAUAACCGCCUCACGGCAAGUCAGUUGAACGAAGUACAGGGAAGAGACAUUGUUUACAACUUCACAAGGAGAAGAUUUUAUCCCAAAGCUAAUUGGGAAUUUAGCCGUAAAUCAUGGCAUUAGUCCACACAAGUUUCCGUGCAAACCCUUUCGAGAGCUCGAGACUAUCACAACGCGAACUUCUCGAGCGCAUUUUCAGCCAGCACGGAGAUGCAGACGAGCAUGUUCAUCACAUGGACUAUGAAGAAAGCUCGAGCGACUCGGGCUCGGACUAUGAAAUGGAAGAAUCUCACGAAGACUAUGACUGGAAGUGGGAUCCCACGACACUUUCAUCGUCAGUAUGCCUAACACGUAGUAAUAAAGAAGUGUUGUUCCACCCUGAUUACAGCUGUGGAACUGCAGCAGCAAAAGGCUCAGAGCCCCUUUGUCAGGGGGGAGAGUACUACUGGGAAAUCAAGAUGACCAGUGCAGUCUAUGGUACAGACAUGAUGCUGGGAGUAUGCACCAGUGACUUGGAUGUAACACAAUACAAAACAUCUUUCUGUAGCCUCAUUGGCAAGGAUAGUAACAGCUGGGGGCUAUCUUACAUUGGUAAUUUUCAUCAUAAAGGAAAAACCCAGAAAUACACCUCAAGGUUUGACCAUGGUGCAGUAAUUGGAGUUCAUUUGGAUGCGUGGCAUGGAAAACUGUCAUUCUUUAAAGACAAUGAGCCCCUAGGUGUGGCAGCGAAAGGACUUACUGGGAAAACACUUUAUCCCAUUGUAUCUUCGACUGCAGCUAGAACAAAGAUGAAGUUACAACGUAGUUCGUCAACAUGUUUUUCGCUGAAAUAUAUUUGUUGUGCAGCUAUUGGUAAAAGUCUACCAAAUUUUGAAGCACUCCAGUCUCUACCCAUCCCCCCAGGAGUCAAAAGGCAUCUUUGUAAUGAACUUGAUUGGAUCUUGAAGGUCCAUUUACCUUCACAAGGGAACAGUGAUGAUGAUGUGUGAUAUCAAGGCAUUUAAAGUAUUUAUUUUAUAAAAAAAAAAUUAGUUUCAUGUACAUAGCAAUGGACUCAGUAGCUUCUGUCUGUAAGACUGACCUGCAAGAGUGGCUGAGCUGGUAUGAUAAAGGUCAUAAAAUUCUUGACUAGCUGAGAUAGAUUCUCAAUGUUUUGUUGACACGAUUAGCGGCUGCAUGAAUGAAUUGAUUAGACUUCUCUUUAGUAAAGCUGGCUGGCAAUAGCUAAAUUAUUUGCUAUCAUGCUAUUAUUUUCCUAAAUGAAUACAGUGGGAGUAAGUUAUAGUCAUGCGGUACGAAUGUGUUAAAGUAAAGCUGACUGGAAAUGUUGAAUUGCUAAAUUAUUUUCUUUGCUGCUGUUCUUAAUGUAGUCUUUUUUGAGUAAGAUUGCAAGAUCCCUGCUUUUUUAGAAUAUGAUUCUCCAAUCCCUGAACACAGUAAAGAAAUGACAAAUUUAUGGGACAUGGGUCAGCAGUGUAGUACCCAAGUGCUUGGCAAAGCUUAAAAUUGGCUUUAAGUUAAGUUAAAUGACAGGCUUAGAAGUUUUGGUGUUAUUGUUUUUUUUACUGGGGAAGUUAUAUGUAAGAUUUCUAUUUUGAAUUUGUUUACAAAAUGUUGGUAAAAAAAGAGAAUAUUUGAACAGAGGAUAAGACAGAUAGCUAAUAGGAAAAUAUUUAUUAUUGACUAUUUUGAAUUCUGUUGUGUACACGUGUAUGAUAUGUUCAUUUGAUAUUGUUAUGGAAAUAGAAGGGAGAAAAUCGUGUAAGAUAUGCCAGAUAAUUUGGUAUUUGCUGCAGCCAUACUGAUCUGCUUAAUAUUCCUUGAAAAAACAAAAUUAUCUAUAUUUUUGUUGACCAGUCAAAAAAGUUUUGAUCACUCUAAUCGAAAUAAAGUAUUUGUUGAGUUAU